GAAAAAAUUGACUGCAGAAGAACGCGCCUAAAACACAGUCACAUUGAAACAGAGUAAACCAAACGAAAAUUGGGGAUUUAGGGUUUCCUCGUCCGGACUCGCCAAAUCAAUCCUUCGCGCGAAUAUGGAAUCAGAAGGGCAAAAGGGUACGCUGAACCCGUCAGCAAUGUUGGCUACCCUGCUUAGUAAGAGACACAAGCUUCACGAGGAGCUUCGUAACAUUGAAAAGCAGGUUUAUGAUAUGGAGACAAGUUAUUUACAAGAUCCCGGACAGUGUGGCAAUGUAUUAAAAGGAUUUGAAGGGUUCCUAUCUUCAUCAAAGAACACUGCUCUCUUGAAGCGGUCUAGAAAGUUUCAGCCCGAAGAUAGACUCUUUUCAUUAUCUUCAGUGACUUCGCCAGCGGCAGAAGAGCUUGCUGCUGGACGAGAUGAUGGAAGAUCAGAUUUUGGUCCUGGUCGUUCAAAGGGUGGUGGAAUUUAUGCAAAUGGACAGGGUAAACCAAAGAAAGGAAGAGGUGCGCCAAGAGAUGCAAAGAGAGCAAGGGCUUCUAGUGAACAAGAUUUUGAUUAUGAAGAUGACCCUGACGCGACAUAGUGAUUGAAAAUCCGGUUCAAUUUUGGGUUUAAACUUGUGGAUUUUAGGAGCCUGGAGAAAUCUGCAUGCCUACUUGUUGGAUAGGCAGUUGGUGCUCUGUGGUUUCUUCAUUCUAUGUAUAUAUUUCUAGUCCCAAUAGUUGUGGAUUUUUUACUUCUUGGGUGAACAAGCCCAUCUACUCCUCAUGUCUCAAAGCCAUGAGUGAGAUGUUAUGUUGAAGGCAGCCAGGAUACAGUAAAUGUUUCUUUGCACAAUUUUUUGUUGGCAGUUUAAUGAUUGUUUUAUUA